CAUAAGCCACGUCAUCUGGAGUCGCUGUUCCCUGGGCCCUGGCCCUCUCGUCCUGCCCUGUUGUUCAUUAAGCUGUGUCUCCUUCCAGCUCCUUUCUGCUGCCCUUCCUGGAAUCCAAAGGCAGCAUUUGAGAGCCUCUGUGAGGAGGGUCGGGGAGGGAACCGUGGUGUGGCUGCUGGCCCUCUGGGAGUAUCCCAUCUCCUCUAGUGCUGAUGAAGGUAGCCGCCUGCCUGGCCCAACACCAUGCACACGCUUGUGUUCUUGAGCACACGGCAGGUGCUCCAGUGCCAGCCAGCUGCCUGCCAGGCUUUGCCCCAGCUACCGCGCGAGCUCUUCCCCCUUCUCUUCAAGGUGGCCUUCAUGGACAAGAAGACUGUCGUACUGCGCGAGCUGGUACAUACGUGGCCCUUCCCGCUGCUCAGCUUCCAGCAGCUGUUGCAGGAGUGUGCCCACUGCAGCCGGGCUCUGCUGCAGGAGCGGCCGAGCACAGAAAGCAUGCAGGCUGUUAUCCUGGGGCUGACUGCUCGGCUCCACACCCCAGAGGCUGAGGCCGGCACUCAACCUCUCUGCAGGAAGCACACACUACGAGUGCUGGACAUGACAGGCCUCCUGGACGAUGGUGUGGAGCAGGACCCUGGUACCAUGAGCAUGUGGGACUGCACGGCGGCCGUAGCCCGCACAUGCAUUGCCCAGCAGCAAGACAGGGCUGCGGAGUGUGGGCCAGCUCCUGUCCCUGUGGAGGUGCGUGUGGACCUGCGGGUGAACCGGGCCUCCUAUGCGUUCCUGCGGGAGGCACUCCGAAGCAGCGUGGGCAGCCCGCUGCGCCUCUGCUGCCGUGAUCUGCGUGCUGAGGACCUGCCCAUGCGCAACACUGUGGCCCUGCUGCAGCUUCUGGAUGCAGGCUGUCUGCGCCGUGUGGACCUGCGGUUCAACAACCUGGGCCUGCGCGGUCUGUCCGUCAUCAUCCCUCAUGUGGCCCGCUUCCAGCACCUGGCCAGCUUGCGGCUGCACUACGUGCAUGGGGACUCAAGGCAGCCCUCUGUGGAUGGUGAGGACAACUUCCGCUACUUCCUGGCCCAGAUGGGUCGCUUCACUUGUCUGCGGGAGCUCAGCAUGGGCUCCUCUCUUCUUUCCGGGAGGCUGGACCAACUGCUCAGAACCCUGCAAAGCCCUCUGGAGAGCCUGGAGUUGGCCUUCUGUGCUCUGCUGCCCGAGGACCUGCGCUUCCUGGCACGGAGCCCUCAUGCUACCCACCUCAAGAAGUUGGAUCUGAGUGGUAAUGACCUAUCUGGCAGCCAGCUGGCACCCUUCCAGGGUUUGUUGCAGGCGGCGGCAGCUACACUGCUGCACCUUGAGCUGACUGAGUGCCAGCUUGCUGAUACCCAGCUGCUGGCCACACUACCUAUCCUGAUUCGGUGUGCCAGUCUCCGUUACCUCGGUCUCUAUGGCAACCCACUGUCCAUGGCAGGCCUCAAGGAGCUGCUGCGGAACUCAGUGGUGCAGGCUGAGCUGCGUACUGUGGUGCAUCCCUUCCCUGUGGACUGCUAUGAGGGCCUGCCCUGGCCACCGCCUGCCUCUGUCCUCCUGGAGGCCUCCAUCAAUGAGGAGAAGUUUGCCCGUGUAGAAGCCGAGUUGCACCAGCUGCUGCUGGCUUCGGGCCGUGCUCAUGUGCUUUGGACCACAGACAUCUAUGGGCGUCUGGCUGCAGACUACUUCAGCCUCUGAUCACUAGGCUCUGGGUGAGAGACAAGCCAUCCUGCAGUCCCCUUGGUUAGGCAGGGCCUCUGCUGGAGGCCUGGAGGGCUGACACAAAGGCACUGGUCUUAAGUUUCCUGCAGGGUCUGCCUUGCUUCUGGGUGCACGAUGAGCCUCCCCUACUCUGCGGUGCCCUGCAGUUUGCCCCACACCUGCUCUGUAACUGGCUGACUAUCUCUGGGCCCAGUAGUGGAUUCCAGGCCUGCACUGCUUGCUCAGUUUGCAUUGGGCUGCACUUGGCUGCCUUGUGGGGUCCUUGUCUUCUCAGUGAAUGUUUCUGCGAUCCCAGCUGUGAGCUGAGAGGACAGAGAGUUCUGUGGGCCCUUCCCAUUCCCUUAUGAAGACCCUGUGUUCUGAGGCUGACGUUGGGACAGGGGUUUGCUUCAAGGAGGCUUGGGUCCCCACGUGUUUUGGGACCUCUCAUGGUGUUCCCCGCCCUGGCAUGCAGCCAGUGGCCUGUCAAGCUGGGCUUUGGGGCUGGAGAGUGUCAUCAAGGUACACAUGUGCCGAGUGUCUGGAA